CUCCGGCGGGCACACGCCGUGGAUUCGGGCGGCUCGGCCGUGGGCAGCCAUGGACUCGCAGGGGCUGAAGGUGCUGAUUAAUUACUAUUGUCAAGAGAAGUAUUUCCAUCAUGUGCUAUUGAUUGCCAGUGAAGGAAUGAAGCGGUAUGGAAAUGAUCCAGUAUUCAGGUUCUAUCACGCCUAUGCUACAUUGAUGGAAGGUAAAACUCAAGAAGCUCUCCGGGAAUUUGAUUCUAUUAAAAAUAAGCAGGAUGUCUCGCUUUGCUCUCUACUGGCACUAAUGUUCACCCAUAAAUUGAGUUCUAAUCCAGAUAGAGAAGCUAUUCUGGAACUAGAUAGCCGAGUGAAGGAGCAGCGUAAAGAAGCUGGACAGAAGACUUUAUACCAUGCGGGCUUGUUCCUGUGGCAUGUUGGUCGCCAUGAUAAAGCCAGAGAAUACAUUGAUAGAAUGCUGAAAUUGCCAAAUGAUAGUAAUGAGGGGCAGAUUUUGAAAGCAUGGCUCGACAUUACAAAAGGAAAAGAACCUUAUACCAAAAAAGCACUACGAAGUUUUGAGGAAGGAUUACAAGAUGGCAAUGAUAUUUUUGCCCUGCUGGGUAAGGUACAGUGCCUUGAGAUGCGCCAGAAUUACUCAGGUGCUCUGGAGACUGUGAACCAGAUUAUUGUGAACUUUCCCACGUUCCUUCCUGCUUUUGAAAAGAAAAUGAAAUUACAACUAGCCUUGCAAGACUGGGACCAGACAGUUGAGACAGCACAAAGGUUGCUGCUACAAGAUAGUCAGAAUGUGGAAGCGCUGAGGAUGCUGGCUCUUUAUUACUUGUGCAGGGAAGGGGAUGUGGAGAAGGCUUCCACUAAGCUGGAACAAUUAGGAAAUGCGUUGAAUACAAUGGAACCACAGAACGCUCAACUGUUUUAUAAGAUUACGUUAGCCUUCAGCAGAACUUGUGGACGUAGUCCGCUCAUUCUUCAAAAAAUUCAAACGUUUCUAGAAAGAGCUUUUAAUCAAACCCCUCAUCAGCCAGAAAUUGCUACAGAACUUGGAUACCAAAUGAUUUUCCAAGGCAAAGUGAAAGAGGCAUGGAAGUGGUAUAAAACGGCCAUGACCCUUAAUGAGACCAGCAUCUCAGCAGUCACUGGACUUAUUCGAUGUCAGUUAAUCGAAGGACAGUUAGAGGAUGCAGACCAGCAACUAGAGUUCUUCAGUGAAUUUCAGCAGUCCAUGGGCAAAUGCGCGGAACUAAUCUAUUUACAUGCAGUUCUUGCUAUGCAAAAAAAUAAACGACAAGAAGAAGUUAUAAAUUUGUUAGAUGAUGUCUUGGAUACUCAUUUUUCAAACUUAGAAGAGUUACCUCUUGGCAUACAGUAUUUUGAGAAGCUAAAUCCUGAUUUCUUGCUGGAAGUUAUUGUAGAAUAUCUGAAUUUCUGUCCAAUGCAGCCUUCAAGUCCUGGGCAGCCUCUUUCUCCACUUCUCAGACGUUGUACCUCAGUUCUGGAGACGAUAGUAAGAACGGUACCGGGGCUUCUGCAAGCCAUCUUCCUAAUAGCAAAAGUAAAAUAUUUGUCAGGGGAUAUUGAAGCUGCAUAUAACAACCUGCAGCAUUGCCUGGAGCAUAACCCUUCCUAUGCAGAUGCUCAUCUCCUGAUGGCCCAGGUUUAUUUGUCUCAAGAAAAAUUCAAAUUAUGUUCUCAGUCUCUUGAACUUUGCCUGAGCUAUAAUUUUGAUGUGAGAGAAUAUCCUUUAUAUCACUUGAUCAAAGCUCAGUCACAAAAGAAAAUGGGAGAAAUAGCAGAAGCUAUUACAACCCUGCACAUGGCAAUGAAUUUACCAGGAAUGAGGAGGAUGGGAUCUUCCUCAAAAUCCAGGAAAGCUGAUGUGGACAGAAGCCAUCGUUUGUCCAUCUUUCUUGAGUUGGUGGAAGUUCACCGUUUAAAUGGAGAGCAGCAUGAGGCAGCAAAAGUUUUACAAGAUGCCAUCCAUGAAUUUUCUGGAACCUCUGAAGAACUGCGGGUUACUAUUGCUAAUGCAGACCUAGCACUGGCCCAAGGAGACACUGAGCAGGCUCUGAACAUGCUCCGGAAUGUCACCGCUGAGCAGCCUUACUUCAUAGAGACCAAGGAAAAAAUGGCAGACAUUUAUCUGAAGUAUAGGAAAGAGAAGAUGUUAUAUAUUACCUGCUACCGAGAAAUUGCCGAAAGAAUUCCCAGCCCUCGGUCCUUUCUUCUUCUAGGAGAUGCAUACAUGAAUAUUCAAGAGCCUGAAGAAGCUAUAGUUGCCUAUGAACAAGCAUUAAACCAGAAUCCAAAAGAUGGGACUUUGGCAAGCAAAAUUGGGAAGGCUCUUGUCAAAACUCACAACUAUUUCAAGGCAAUCACUUAUUAUGAAGCUGCUCUGAAAAGUGGACAACAGAAUUACCUUUGCUAUGAUCUGGCUGAGCUCUUAUUAAAAUUGAAAUGGUACGAGAAGGCAGAGAAAGUUCUUCAGCAUGCUCUCUCUCAUGAACCAGUAAAUGAACUGUCAGCACUUAUGGAGGAUGGACGUUCACAAGUUCUUCUAGCAAAAGUUUACAGUAAAAUGGAAAGACCUGGAGAAGCAGUCAUUUCCUUACAGCAGGCUCGAGAAUUACAAGCACGUAUACUAAAACGUGUUCAGAUGGAACAACCAGAUGCAGUUCCUGCCCAGAAACAUUUAGCAGCAGAAAUUUGUGCCGAGAUUGCAAAGCAUUCUGUUGCUCAGCGAGACUAUGAAAAUGCAAUUAAGUUCUACAGAGAGGCUCUGGGUCAUUGUGAAACAGAUAAUAAGAUAAUGUUGGAACUGGCCCGUCUGUACCUGGCCCAAGAUGAUCCUGAAGCAUCCAUGCGGCACUGUUCUCAGCUCCUGCAGAAUGACCAGGAUAAUGAACCUGCCACCAUGAUGAUGGCUGAUCUCAUGUUCAGAAAACAGGACUAUGAGCAAGCAGUGUUCCAUUUGCAACAGCUUUUAGAACGCAAACCAGAUAAUUAUAUGACUUUAUCUCGUUUGAUUGAUCUCCUAAGAAGAUGUGGGAAACUUCAUGAAGUUCCAAGAUUUUUCUCAAUGGCUGAGAAAUUUAACUCCAGAGCAAAACUGGAGCCAGGAUUUCAAUACUGUAAUGGACUACAUCUUUGGUAUACUGGAGAACCAAAUGAUGCCCUUCGGCAUUUUAAUAAAGCUCGGAAAGAUAGUGACUGGGGCCAAAAUGCAAUUUACAAUAUGAUAGAAAUCUGUUUGAAUCCAGACAAUGAAACUAUUGGAGGUGAAGUAUUUGAAAACCUAGAUGGAGACCUUGGUAAUUCAACAGAGAAGCAAGAGUCUGUGCAAUUAGCAGUGAGGACAGCAGAGAAGCUCCUUAAAGAACUAAAGCCUCAGACAGCUCAGGGUAACAUCCAACUUCGCAUAAUGGAAAAUUACUGCCUAAUGGCCACCAAACAGAAGGCAAAUGUUGAACAAGCACUAAAUGCCUUCACUGAGAUAGCGACCUCUGAGAAAGAUCAUAUCCCAGCACUCUUGGGAAUGGCCACCGCUUACAUGAUCUUGAAGCAGACUCCAAGAGCUAGAAACCAGCUGAAGAGAAUUUCAAAAAUGAUUUGGAAUCCUAUUGAUGCUGAGGAAUUUGAGAAGAGCUGGCUACUCCUUGCUGAUGUUUAUAUUCAGUCAGCAAAAUACGACAUGGCAGAGGAACUACUAAAACGGUGCCUACGACAUAAUAGAUCUUGCUGCAAAGCUUAUGAGUACAUGGGCUAUAUUAUGGAGAAAGAGCAAGCAUACUCAGAUGCUGCCUUCAACUAUGAGAUGGCAUGGAAGCAUAGCAACCAGACAAAUCCAGCAGUAGGCUACAAAUUGGCAUUUAAUUACUUAAAAGCAAAAAGAUACGUGGAUUCAAUUGAUGUAUGUCACCAGGUUCUCAAAGCACAUCCAGCUUAUCCAAAAAUCAGAAAGGAAAUCCUUGAUAAAGCACGUUCAUCUUUAAGACCUUGAAACAGUGAUUUUAACAUGAUUCAGGAAAUUUUUAAAAAUGUAACUUGUUGGAGCUAAUGCUUUGUCACUGAAGCAUACCUUCCCUCCUCCAGCAGAGGCUGCUGCUGCGUAUAACAAGAAGUGUUGUGUCGAAUUGUAUUUUCAUAGAGAAGCUGAAGAAAGCAAGUCUGUUUCGCUCUUGUGAUUUUAGGUGCAGAUCUGGUAUCUCUAUGGUAAAACUUUACAUAUUUUUAUAAAGAAUAUUUUUGUUAAUUCCUAGGUAAGACAUAUUUUCUUAGGGAUAUUAGUUAUUUUAGCAAGUAUAUUAUAAGUGCAUUCAUCUGUUUAAUUUUUUUCCAUUCCAUAUUUCAAAGGCUUGAAUAACUCUUGUAGAUAACUUACGAAAAAUAUGUAUUUUAAAUAUAUAUUUAAAUAAAAAUUUUAUUAA